AGGUACUUUACACCACGGCUAUUAAUGUUUGAUGACCCAGCACAAUGACAGCCAUGAAAACAGUUAAAACCUAAAAGUCAACAACAGAGAAAUCAGCGGCAGCGCCAGUGAAGAGUCUGGCUAGCCAAACUCCUUGUUUCAGCCAGACAAAUUCAAGAGUUCAUGUCAACGCAGUUCCUCAUACUGUAGCUACUGCAAAAAUCGACAAGAGACUAGAUCAUUUCCGGGAUUGGUUCAUUCUAAUCGCGAGCCCUACCAGGAAAGAAGCCUCAGCUGACAGCGGUGUUCGGGUGCCGCAUAUAAUUCAGAUUGUAGACAGAUGUCAACUAAGAGUAACAACAGAUUUAAACGAGACGUGUUUUACUCUUUGCGACACUUGGGACGCACGCACACCGAACAGUAAAACGGUGAUAUGUGGUAGCAGGCAGCACUAUGCCAUACGUGGACAGGCAGAACCGUGUGUGUGGCUUCCUGGAUAUUGAGGAGAAGGAGGGCAGCAGUCGCUUCCAGAGACGCUACUUCAUACUGGACACACAGGGCAACACACUGCAGUGGUACAUGGACAACCCCCAGAACCUGCCUAGUGGAGCGAACGCAGUUGGGAUUCUGCAGCUGACAUACAUCUCCAAGGUGAGCGAGGCCACGGGGAAACAGAAGUCCAAGACUGAGUUCUGCUUUGUGAUCAAUGCAGUGUCUCGGCGUUAUUUCCUCCAUGCCAACGAUGCUGCUGACCUGAAAGACUGGGUCCUCGCUCUGAACAAAGCUACCAAGAUCACUGUCCCUAAAGCAGGGCCUCUCCAGCCCAGAUCAGAGGUUUCUACAGUAACCGGUGAGGCAGGGGGUAAGAGGCUGGCCUACAAGACUGAGAUCAUCGGGGGAGUGGUGGUACACACACCCAUCUACCAGAAUGAGGGGGGAGAAAUGGAGGUAGGCGACAGGAGGGUCUCCUCUGUAGGCAGUAGACCAGGUGUACUGAGGUGUGGCUAUUGUGUCAAACAGGGUAACGUGAGGAAAAGCUGGAAGAGACGUUUUUUCACACUGGACCACAACGCUGUCAGUUACUACAAGUGUGAGAUGGAUAAGGAGCCCCUGAGAACUGUUUCUCUGAGAGACAUUCAGAAGGUCCAUGAGUGUCUGGUGAAAUCUGGGGACCUGCUGAUGAGAGAUAACCUGUUUGAAAUCAUCACCAGCUCCAGGGUCUUCUACGUCCAGACAGACACUCCAGAGGACAUGCAGGGCUGGAUCAGAGACAUUGAGUUGAAGAUACAGGAUUUCAGAGGCCCUGCCAAGGGUUCUGCAUUUACGUUUGCCUCCUCACUGUAUCGCCAUGGUAACUCCUCCCACCCACCCUCUGUGUUCCGUGGUCGCCAGGGAGAUGACAGGAGACCCCCACUAGUGAAGUCGUGUUCCGUGGCCCCGGGGUGGCAGCCCUGGACGCCCGUACCCCAAAGAGAGGCUCCCGCUCUGGGCACACUUGACAAGGACAGUCAAUUUAGCAAUCUGCCCUCCAGUCUUUCCUCUCGCUCCACCUCUUCCUCCACCUCCUCAUCUUCAUCCUCCCCCUCCACUCCCACUCUCAUCCCACAGGGGGUCCCAGCUCCAGCCCUAGUCAGUGGUGUGGGGGUCCCAGCCUGCCCUGGCCCCAUAGCUCCAGACCCCUCCAGCAGCCGGAGGAGACACCGCUCUCAGCCUCAGCCCCCCAAAGCCGGCAGCUUCCCUUUCAGCCUGGACGAUGAUGGCAUCCGCACCACCGACGUCUAGAACCAACCACUUCUAGAAUCAACAAAACUCUGGAUCCAACAAUGUAUAAAACCACCAUCUAGAACCAAUGUGUAGACAGACAAACAAUGACACUUGUUUGAGUGCUUUCUACCGUUGAAAGACUGAACCUCCCUCCCCCACACCCUUCUCCUCUGCUUUAAGAGUUUCACAGGCCUGCUGCUGAAGCUACGUCUGCUGUGGGUCUGUUUGCUGAGGUAGCCCUGGUGGGGGAGAGUAGUGAUGUAAACUGGGGUUCCUGGAUGCGUUCUCUCACUGAGGGGUGUCUGAGUAGUGGCUGUGGGCUUUUGGUAUAGAGGGUGACUCAGAGAGAGCAGUCUUGGGCAAACUGGGAGGGGUUAUCAGUAUUAGAAUGUCUGGUGGAAUGUGAAGGAUAUGUUAUUUUAUUGUACGAUUUCCUCUUUAAACUUGAAUGUAGUCCACCCAGGUACUGAGAUGAAGGAAGGUGGAUGCUGUGGUGCAGCCUGGUCUGUCUACCGAACACCCUCCACUAGUCUAAGUCAGCUGGUCUUUUGCUUGUAUCAACCAAGGCUACGUCCCAAUUGGCACCCACUAUGGGUCCUGGUCAAAAGUAGGACAGUAUAUAAUGAAUAUGGUGCCACUGCCAAUUGGGACCAAACCCAACAUGUUAGUGUCCGUGGCUCUGCCUGUAGACAGUCCUGCUCCCUUGUUAGACUGCAUCCAAUUGCGUCAAAUCUCUACAUCAGCAGCACAUUUUGUAUAUACACUUUUAGCGUAUUUCUGCACGUUGUUCCACAAGCCUGGAUUCUCUUGCUCAAAUGCAAAUUAUCUACUAUGGUAUUGUGUCAUGUCACAUGUUGUGUUUUGCCUGCCUGCACCUCACCGACCCAGGUGUGCUUUCCCUUCUCUUUAAACUUAACCUGUCAUGUUUCUGAUUCUUUACAUAGACUCCUGUUAUAAAUCACAAACGUGUGUGUGUGUGUGUCA